UUGCGUAUAUUAAAAGGUAGCCUGCAGUUUUCUUUUCUUGAUGGAAAUUAUAUCAGGACUGGCAAAUUACCCCUCUUGUCCCUCCUUAAAAAUACUUACAGAGUGGGAACCAAACCAAUGGCACCCUGCACCCUUUCCGGGUAGUUUCAAGUGUGAUCACGUGAUGAUGAUGUUGAAAAGUUUGGACAUGUAUGCAAAUGCAUUAAACAUACAUGGGCAAAAUUGAAAAAGACGGUAUUUAAAUAAGCGUAUGAAGUGCACAUUCACGGAGGCAUAUAGUUCUGAAUGGACGUGACCGCGUGAGUGUUUCGACAGUCUGUACAAAUUACGAAGUACACAUGGGUAGAUCUUUCUUCUUGGCUUCUGUACGUCAUGCGGGAAUAAUGCUUCGGACUGGGCUUCAGACAUGAUUACAAGGCUUCAUCUAGCUUCUCAACUAUUGACAUACCUACGGCGUUGCUUUGUUAACCAUAUACAUGACAAACAACUAACGACUCACACUGCUUAGUGCGUCUAUGGGAUACAUACUUUCUUGUUAACCUACAUGUCAUGAAUAUUCACCCAAGCAAGAACGACGAAGUUGCGCCUUAUAAUUUCGGAUUGUUUUACCAUGAAUUGGAUGAAAAAUCGAUGGACCAACUAUUGUGAGUUAAUUGCACGGAUACAUUUUGAAGAAAGAUUUCAGGAGAUAGAUGACCAUGGUCUUUGAGCAGUAUACUGUGGAGACUAUAGUAUCCUCAAUCACAACCGAUCAAUACACUUCUCAUCGAAUCAUAUAGUGGAUUAAGCUGGAGGUAUACCUUGCGAAGAAUUACUACAUUGGUAUAUGUCGCAGAAGUGUCAUUCUGGAAGUUUAAAACACGCCUUCCUAAUAUUCUUCUUGUGUUGAUGUUGAGUUUCAACAGCUUUUGGCUUUAGGUUCGCCUAUCCUACAUACCUGUGGAUUUAUACAUUUCAUUCGUGCAUUUUCAUGGAAUUGGAACUGCUCAAUUAUUCGUAAGUCCUGAACAACGAUAUAAGUACGUGUAUAUUCACCAAAGACAGUUCCUACCCCUAAAGAAGAGAUCCCAAGGUGGAAAGGAAUCCCCGUUAAACAGGACCAUUUCAAGAUGGCGUUGGAUGAUAGAUGGCGAUCAAUGCAGGAAUUAGACGAGUACACUCUGUCUUUGGAGAAAAAACGAGGACAUACUCCAAAUGGAUCUCCUGUUAAAUCAAAAAACGACGUGACAGAUGGAAAUGAAGAAGAUGAAAUAAUCAUAGAACCUCACCCGUUCUUCAAUCCCUGGGUCUACGUGACCAUGACUUGCAUUGCUAACGUCGUGUAUAUCUCAUCUAUCGGUGGCUAUGUAAGUGCCUCUCUCAGCACCAUUGAGCAACGCUUUCAGCUCAAGAGCUCCCAGUCUGGAGCAAUCACCAUUAUCAACGAUGUCGCUGGAAUGCUCGCCAUCCUCUUCGUCACCCACUUCGGUCACUCACGGCAUCGUCCCAGAAUCGCCGGUACGGCGUUUGCCAUAUCAGGUCUUGGAACAAUUCUUUGCGCUCUACCUCAUUUCUUCUUCGACCCACCGGUUGCCAUGAUGCAGAAGAUGUCUGGAUUGGGGGGUUCGAACGGUACCACUUCGACAGGUGGUGGAGAUUGGGCUAUCCAGGAUAUGUGUUAUCCAGAAGAUUCACUUGGUCCAUCCCAACCACCCGAGCAGUGUGAUGCUACUGAGAAGUCUACAUCAGGGUCUUUGAUCUGGCAAGUCGGUUGGAUACUCUUCGGGCAAAUUCUCUGCGGAUUUGGAAGCUGCGCACAACCUCUCUGUAUCACAUACCUAGAUGACAAUGUGAAGAACAAACGGAAUACAACGAUAUUUGUUGGCAUCAUCUUCAGCACGUUUGCGUUAGGACCUACGACGGGUUUCAUGUUGGCAACCACCUGCCUGUCUCGCCCAACCUUCUUCUAUGACCCUUCGGUUCCUCCACCUGCGGUCCCUCAGGGUCACCCGUACUACAUCGGGGCCUGGUGGCUGGGCUUCCUCAUUAACGGCGGCAUGCUCCUCAUCGUCAGCAUCCCCUUCUUCUUCUUCCCGAAGACCAUGCGGAGACAGGUCAGGAAUGAAGUCCCUGAUGAUGCCGCUGAUCGAAGCAGUGAAGUGAAAUCAACUGAACAAAAUAGAAAGGGAGAAGGGGAUGACGACAGCCAUACGAUGUAUUCAACGAAAAAAGAGAUUCGGCCGAAUCAAUUAGGCCUAAGCAGUUUUAUUUCAGACUUCUUCCAAACCCUCAAAAGAAUCAUCACCAACGUUACAGCAAUGUCUGUGUUCCUUGCGACAGCUUCUGAGAUAAGCGGGCACGUGGGAUGGUUUAUCUUUGGGCCAAAGUUCAUGUAUACCCAGUUCCGACUCCCACCAGCCAAGUCGUCUAUGUUGUUUGGUAUGAUGAUGCUCCCUGGGCCCAUCUUUGGUAACCUCUUCGCAAGUCUUAUCGUUCGGAAAUUCAAAUUAGACAGUAAGGGUUGUGCUAAGAUGAUCCUCAUGAUAUACACAGUACUUGUCAUUCUCUCACCGCUGCUCUAUUGGCUAGGGUGUGACAACCCAAGUAAUGCCGGUCUUGUGGUUCCUUACCACACCGACCCCAGCGGAGUUAGUCCUCUGCCAUUUGCCACGCUACCAACUAACGUUGAGUAUUCAGACGACCUCACUGCGAGCUGUAAUGUGGAAUGUAACUGCUCCCCAGAUUUUGUGCCUGUGUGUGGAUCGGACGGGUUGACGUACGCCACGGCGUGUCACGCAGGCUGCAGGGAUGUUGUGAUGGUUGAUGUGGAUGGUGUUAAUUCAACGAUCUUCGUGGAGUGUAGCUGCAUCCCUGAGAUGAAAUCUAACUCUACGGUGAUCGUUGGGAUAGAGGAGCUGAGUAGCGGGUUCGCUUAUCCCGCAGAAUGCCCAUGGUCUUGCGAUAAACUCUAUUAUUUUCUUGGAAUGAUGCUUUUCGGGUCCCUACUUGGAUCCACCGUCUACAACCCAGCGUUUAUGCUUCAAUUUCGAUCACAUCGAGAAGAGGACCGGUCUACAGCCCUUGGAUUUAGUAACGUUCUGAUGAAACUUCUCGCCUUUAUACCCGGACCGGUUUAUUUUGGAGCAAUCAUCGAAAAGACAUGUCUCUUGUUUCAAGAAUCCUGCGGAAAGACUGGAAACUGCCUAGUUUAUGACAUCAAAGCUUUCAGACUGGUCUUCACACUCUUUUCAUCAUGCGGCAGAGUUCUAGCCUUUAGUUUCUUUGUUGUAGCUUUCCUCUCUGUUCGCAAACAGAAAAAGGAAGAAGAGGGAUUUGUAAAGAUGCAUCCUUUGCCAACACAAGGUUCGACAUCGCAAGACAAAGACGAGAUGGAAUGGAAAUAUACAACGGUCUGAAAUCCGCCGCUUUCGCCAUUAUAUAAAAGGAACACUCGGUUGACAUGGGCUCCAAGAUUCGUUCAUUAUUAUUCAUGCAUGAGCUUAAGUGAACACGAGCGCCCGACCAUGCAGCUGACUUCGCGAAGAGUCUAGCUAGCUCACAGACAAUAGACUAGUUCGUAGUUACCACAAGGUUCAGAUGACCCCUAAUAUCCACAGAUCUUUUAAACAUAGAUACAUCCCACUUUGUGCCUUUUGGAAUAAUCACAGCUAAAGUCAUGGAGGUGAUUCUUUGUUUGCCCUCUUGAAAGGAUUACGCCCACCUAUGUUCAUCAAUGUAUGACAGGUGCAUGCAUGAAUAAUGAUUACAGAACUUUCGUGAGCAUGCAUCCAGUAUUAGCUUUAUGCUUCAUAUUGAAGAGCAGCAAAGGCGAACGAUUGUCAGAAAUUCGGAAAUCGUUGCUUUGAGUGCUUUCCUCUCAAAAUUACCAUGAUAUAUUAAGCUACAUAGAAAUAUGAUCGACAAAAAAGAUAUUAUCUUUAAAACAGUCAGAAACAUUAGAACUUGAAUGAAUAAAACAUAAUGCAAAUGAAUAAGACUAUAAUGAAUAGGACACAAGUUAAUUUUUACCAUUUUCAUCCAGUACCAAAUACCUAAGCAACAUUCGAGCCAGAUGCAUAUAAUGGUAAGCUUAAAGACAAUGAUUCGUGACAAAUUAUGAAUUGCCAUGAGUUUAUCCUCUAGACGUAUUGCAAAAAAAUAAUCAGGAUAAUAAGGAUCAAAAUGAUACCUGACAGUACAGUGUACUACUAGGCCUACUUCUACAUGUACUAUACUACACUACUGCCAUUGUUGAUUAGGCUGAUAAUUCAGAUGAUAAUAAUGAUAUGAUAAUAAUUAAAA